AUGGAUUACGACUACUUGAUAAAACUUCUUUGUGUGGGCGAUUCAGGCGUUGGGAAGACCAGUUUUUUAUAUAAAUAUACAGACGGAGUUUUUCAUACACAGUUUAUUUCUACUGUCGGUAUAGACUUCCGAGAAAAAAGUGUGAUUUACCAACAGAAUGGGCGGCAGCAGCGCAUUCAUUUACAGCUUUGGGAUACAGCUGGGCAAGAGAGAUUCCGGAGCUUGACUACAGCUUUCUACAGAGAUGCAAUGGGAUUUCUUUUACUCUUUGACUUGACAAAUGAAGCAUCUUUCCUUGAAGUCAGGAAUUGGAUUGAACAGCUCAAGACUCAUAGCUUGAGCGAUGAUCCGGACAUAGUUCUAUGUGGCCACAAAUGUGACCUACAAGAGAAGAGACUGGUGAACCAGAACCGUGCCAGAGAAUUUGCCAAAAACUAUAACUUGCCAUACUUAGAGACCAGUGCCAAAUCAGGCCAGAACAUUGAUCGUGCCAUUGAAAUUUUACUUGAUAGAAUUAUGCACAGAAUGGAAACAUCAGUCGAAUACGCGAUGCUGUGCGCUUCAGGUAGGCGUCGACAGUCCCUUCAGAGGUUACAAAUAAAAGAAGAAAGGACAAUUUGUUUAUGCUAA